GGUUAGGUAAACAGUACACGCUAACGAUAUCGGCUUCAUUGAUAGAAGAAUUUCAUUCUAUCCGGAUUUUUCCGUCAAUCCGUUUAACGGUGUAAGUGGUCAUAACAGACCAAGUGUACAAAUUUAAGCCAAAUUAAGAUAAUCUGGAGUCUUUUAAAAAUAGGGUCCCAUGAAGUAAUAGCUCGGCAUGAUGUUAUCACAAUGUUUCAAAUACGCAAACGAGCUAUAAUCAACAUACACUGCCUUGAUUUCCAUUAUGGAUAACUAUAAUGUAUAUAUUAACAUUUUAUCUUUGAUACUCAUUUGGCUAGGUAACACAGACUCACAACUGAUCUUUAACCUCGCCGAGUCUUCGAGUACAGAUUGUUCUCAGGAUGCCGACAUUGCAUUCCUUAUCGACACCUCCAGAAGUCUUGGUCUACAGGCGUACCAAAAGGAGCUACACUUCGUGGAGCGGGUCUUAGAGCGAUACGAGAUAGGACCGAACAAAACCAAAGUAGCCGUGAUAACCUUCAGUGCUGGCAGCAAACUGGAGUUCGACUUUAACCGAUAUCAGACGAAGGAUGAGGUACUGAGGGCCAUUAGGAGUAUCCCGUACACGGACGGAAUGUGUACCACUAUAUAUAGGGCACUGAAGCAAGCUAGAGAGGAAGUGUUUGUUCCAAAGGCCGGCGACAGAGAAAACGUCAAGAAUCUGGCCGUCAUUCUGACAGACGGAGAGACAAACCCAGGUAGGUACGAUCUCUUUACUUUCCCGAUGGCUAAGUCCCUGACGAGACAGGAAGCUAACGAUUUGAAGUUUCACGGCGUGGAGGUGUUCGGUAUUGGGGUGGGACAUCGGGUGGACCACGUGGAGAUGAUCGGGAUAUCGAGUGGCGCCAGGAAUUACUACCGCGUGGACGACAUCGACGACUUAGAGAAAUCCAGACUGUUCCACGUACUUCUUAACAAAGUCUGCGCAAGUCCUCUAAGACGGCGUAGGUACAUGUGUACUUCUUUGUUCACGAUUUUAUUGCGAGCACUCUUAUACUCGUUCACUUUGUGUUGCAUUGCACUGUACUGGUAUACGUAUGCCAAUUGAUGCUCUUUUACAUUUAAGCACACUAAGUACAGAAUAUCAAGAGGAAAACAAAUGUUGAAUAUUUAAUAUAUAACAAUUGUGUUUUUAAAUAUAUGGAAGACAAUUUUAUAAAGGAAACUAAAUGCAAACAUAACAAAAUAAUGACAGAAAUCAUCUUUUCGAUUUCAAACCUCAUUUUC